CAUCUUCCUCAUUAACCCCAUUAUCUCUUUCUCUCUCUUAAAUUUUUUUUUUAUUUUAGAGAGAGAAAGUCCGAACAAUUCUCUUCCAAUCUCCCUCACUUUCCUUCUUUCUUUCUCUCCCCAAACACCCUCCAAAGCCAAAAUUCUAGAGAGAGAGGAAUGGAAAGCAUAAUAAUGACAACAACAACGAUGAAGAAGAACAAAAAAUUUGGGCUUCUUCUUUGCGCAGAUGAUACAGACUACGUUAAGAAAAUGUACGGAGGGUAUUAUGGGGUUUUCGUAAGAAUGCUGAAGGAAGAAGGGGAGACUUGGGAUAUGUAUAGGGUGACACGUGGCGAGUAUCCAGACGAAGAUGAAUUGGAAUCGUACGAUGGGUUUGUGAUUAGCGGUAGCAGAAAAGAUGCCCACAGUAACGAACCGUGGAUCUCCAGGCUUUUAAUAUUUCUCAAGAAACUCGAUUCCAUGAAGAAAAAAGUUCUGGGCAUUUGCUUUGGCCACCAGAUACUAAGUAGAGCAUUGGGAGGAAAAUCAGGCCGUUCAAUGACGGGUUGGGAUAUAGGAAUCAGAACCGUUCAUUUUUCAUCUUCAUCAUCAUCAUCAAAGCUUUUUCAAUCUCUCAAAACACCACCCUUACUCUCCAUCUACGAAAUCCAUCGCGAUGAGGUAUGGGAACUUCCUCCGAAGGCUGAACUCAUUGCGUGGUCUGAUAAGACUGGAGUGGAGAUGUUUCGAUAUGGUGAUCACAUGAUGGGCAUCCAAGGCCACCCCGAAUACACCAAAGACAUACUUCUUCACCUAAUCGAUCGCCUUGUUAAGCUCGAUUUCAUUGAGGAUUCUGAAUCUGAGGAAUUGAAGGCCAAGUUGGAUGAACACGAGCCGGAUAGGGAGGCGUUGAGGAGAUUGUGUACUAGCUUUCUCAAGGGUGGAUUAUGAUCUUUAAAGUUAUUGGUUUGGAGAUGAAACCCCGUGAAAGAAAAAAAAGGGUAAUGUGGGGGGCUAAAAUAAUAAAAGAAAAUGUAAAUAUUGAGUGGACUGAAUAGAAAGUUUAGAAGAAGAAAAGUGUGGUGUUAGGCAGGCACUAGCUAGGCAAACACCAAUUUAGUAGUUAUGGUUUAUUGUCAAAGCAAACUACAUUUACUAAUGAAAUUUCAAGCUUUGCCAAAA